GCUUUCUCGCUUUUUGUCCACCGCCUACUUUUUUCUAGAUCACAGAGCAAAGAGCGAUAUCGACACUGGCUCCUUGCUAAAUCUUCCGAGAGUUCGACGCAGCAAUGGCUCCAAUGAUGGCAAAGUUCUUGAUAGGGCUCAGCCUUCUCACCGCCAACCUACGGGGUCUGUCUGCGCAAAAGGAAACUCUCAAUCCAGAAGGUUGUGGCACGCCCUCCUACAAAUCCAUGAUUGUCAACGGCACAGAAGUGAAAGAGCUUCAGUAUCCUUGGGCGGUGUUUCUGGCCACGUAUUUCUACCCAGAUUUUUAUGCUUGCGGAGGCACCAUCAUCACAAAGCGCCACGUCCUCACUGCUGCCCACUGCCUUGUGUCUAACCACGUGCGCGUGCAGAAAGUCGUUGUUUGGUAUGGCAGCGUGGACCGUCGAAACGCAAAGGGUGUCGUGGCGUCGAAGAUGUUGAUUCACAAGGAUUACGUCGAGACAACGGAUGUGAACGACAUAGCCCUCCUUGAGGUGAAGAACCCAUUCUCGUUUGGCAAGGACGUCGCGCCCAUCUGUAUCCCAAUAGGUCCCGUACCGUUCGUCAACAAAGAUGCCGUCGUAGCUGGAUGGGGAUCUCUUUAUAUCGACGGAGACACCGUAGACUUCCUUCGUCAAACAUCAGUCACCAUUCUGCCUGACAAAGUAUGCACAACGUUAUUUGGGAAGUAUGGCUUCUCGGACACCCGCCAAUGCUGUGCCAACAAACGAAGCAAGGGCGCGUGCAAAGGUGACUCGGGUGGACCACUGAUGGUUCGGAACAAAGCUGGCCGCUUCCAGCAAGUGGGCAUCGUCUCGUACUUGAUGGGCACUUGUGGCGGAGACUACAAUCCGCAGGUGUACACACGAGUUACCAGUUACUCUGACUGGCUAACUAGGGGAGUUUCUUCAAGCAACGGCUACACGUACAUCGGCAGCCCAAAGGUGGACAUGCUGAAACCACCUUUCUUUAUCGCAUGACGAAAACUCGAGGCAGAAACACACCCAAUGCACCGGGUGUUGUGAGUCUGGCCUAAUAAACAGUAACUUCAAUG